CACACACACACACACACACGGAGUGACCGGACAGUGAUGACCUGAGAGGUGGACGACGAUCGAUGAUGAUCGAUGACUGAUGAAUCAAACUCCCACGCGGACUCACAGACAGACCGGAGACUCAGGCUCGCUCACAAUAUUGACUAUUAUUGAUUAAUGAUCGGCAGCUGCGGAGUUCAGCGCAUCAGAGCAGCAGCAGCAGCAGCAGCGGGACUCUUUCUACUUUCUUCAUCCGUCUGUCCAUCACCUCUGUGAUGAAGACUCUUCUCAGCCCCUCUCAGCUCCUGGAGAGUGGGCAGAUCUUUGCCUUGGGAGGCAUGUGUCAGGAGAUGAUGGACACACCGACACCUAGAAGCAUCAGUCUUUCUGCUGCACAGACUCCAUCCCGAGGUCAAGGAGGGGCCUAUUCCCUGUGUGAAGUAUGUAACCUGCAGCUGACCUCUGAUGCUCAGGCCCAACUGCACUACAACGGCCGGUCUCACCUCCGGCGAGUGAGACAGUGUCAGGCUGGAGAGACAGGACAGCGUACAGCAGGAACUCUGUCCCGGACUCUUCCUCUCAGCUCUCAGUCUGUAGCACUAACUCCAACCCCAAGUCUUAAUGCUCCAACAAGCACAGCUGCAGGAGGUGGGUGUGGCUCAGUAGGCGGAGCAUUGCCGGGGCUGAUUGGGGCCACUGGUCCCUCAGUGAUGGUAAAACCAUUCCUGCCCUUUUCUGUCGAGACAACAUCACCGGUUGGACUUUUUCCAAACUUCAACACGAUGGACCCAGUACAGAAGGCCGUCAUCAACCACACUUUUGGCGUCACCAUGGUGCCCAAGAAGAAACAGGUCAUCUCAUGUAACGUCUGCCAAUUGAGGUUUAACUCUGAUUCUCAAGCAGAGGCUCAUUACAGAGGCAGCCGUCACGCCAAGAAGGUCAAGUCACAGGAGAACAAGUCUAAGACCAAGCUGUCAAUCACUGCAGAGACCAAUGGGAGCGGCUCCAGUCCAGCUGGCCCCGCCCUUAAUAUGUCAGCCAACAGCAGCACCAAUCAGCACGCAGAAUACUUUUCCAGCCUCUCUGACUCCUCAACUGCUCUCAAAUCUUUCCUCCUGCCCUCCUUCUCCCCUCCCUCCUCAUCCUCACCGUCCUCUAGUAGAGCAGGCAGUGAGCCUCCUCCCUCCAGCCCUCCCUCUGCUCUCCCUGCUCCAAGCCCAAUAUCCUCUCCUUCUUUGUCUUCCACUUCUUCCAAAGCUUCUCCUCCUCCGCUUCCACCAGCCCCUGUCACCUCGUCUUCGCCCACUGCUCCUCCAUCCUCCCAGGAUGUUCCUGUCUCAGUGGAAUCCGAGGAGGAGAAGGCAAAGAAGCUGCUGUACUGCUCUCUUUGCAAAGUUGCCGUAAACUCUCUGUCUCAGCUGGAGGCUCAUAAUGCAGGUUCAAAGCACAAGACGAUGCUGGAGGCUCGGAGCGGUGCUGGGCCCAUCAAGGCUUACCCUCGACCCGGAGCAAAGCUGAAGAACGGCAGCAGCGUUGGAGUGAAAGGCUCUGGCCUGCAGAACAAAACCUUCCACUGUCAGAUUUGCGACGUCCAUGUCAACUCUGAGAUCCAACUCAAACAGCACAUCUCCAGCAGGAGGCACAAGGACAGAGUGGCAGGGAAACCCUGUAAACCCAAAUACAGUCCUUACAACAAACAGCAGCGAACCAUUCUCACAAAGGAGUUGGUCAAGCCCUCCCUCUCGCCGUCCUUCCUCUCCUCUCCCUUCACCCCUUCACCCUCAUCUCUCGCCUCCUCCAUCUCGCUCCCUCCUUCCCCUCUCUCAUCUCCUCCCCUCCUCACCACCGCCUCCUCCCCCCUCACCACUGCCAUCUCUCUCCAUCCUCGCCCUCCAGCCUCAUCGGCUCUCUUCACAGCCUCCUUCCUUCGUCCCGCUCCUGGACCAAUCAGAGCGAGCCAAGGAUCAAUUCUCUUUGCGCCCUACUGAGGCAGCAAUGUGGAUCUGAACCAACAACCUCUGACCUCGAGUGUAUUGGAGCUGCAGAGGGAGAAAAGACCAGGAGACGAGUAGGCUCUGUCGUCACAGCUGCACUGAUGAAAACCUGCAUCCUUCUCUCCUGACUGAAUCAGAUGUCUCUCUCUUGGGUCUGAAACGAACUGAAGAAAACCUUUGACGGACCCAAGUCAAGCUGGAGGAUGAAAGAUUCCUGCAUAUAUAUGUGCAUGAAAACAUGGGGAUAUUCACAAUUUCCGCCUUUUUUCAACCUGACUAGCAAAAAAGGCUUUCAGUUCUCUAAAUCUGCUUCCAAUAAAACUGGAUUUUUAUUUUUCCUUUUAUCCAAUCCAAAAUUUGGGAGGAAUCACUCAGGAUGAAGACACAAAGACAUUUUAAUUUUCAUUGUAAUAUAUUCUUGACCCAGAGCCUGGUUUCCGGUCACGUUAUGUCCUCACAGAUUAGAGGGGGUUGAUUCUGUCUGAACAAAUGCCUGAAUAGAGAAUUCAGUCACUUCAAGACUUUUUUCUCAAGGGACAAGAAGCUCCUUCUGGAGGAGGAGCAGACCUCGCACACCAUUUUGAAAAACUGCUUUAAUGACUACUGCAAGAGUAAGAUGUCCUCCCUCAGAAGUCCCCAUGCUUAUGUUCAACUGGUUCUUAAUGUACAGCAUCUCGAGGCAAACAAACUACAAAGUGAAGAAAAAGAAAUAAAAGAAUAAGAAUUUUGUUAUUCUUUAUUAUUGUAGCUGUUGACACGAGAAGAACAAAACCAGCAAUGUGUUUCUUAAUAUUUCUGCAUCUCUACCUUGUCAGUGGCAAUAACAGUUCCUACUGAAAACUACCAAAAAAGGUCAAAAAUACAGUGUGCAUUUUUCAUAGAACUAAUUUUUUGGGAGGAUUGUUUCAGUGUGAGUUCCAAAUUAUUUGUUUUCAAUAAUCUGUGUGUUUUGUGUGAUUGUUUGUCUUCAAAUUGUCUGAUCUUUAUGUUUCUUGUCUUUCCUGACCAGUCCAUGUCUGACGUCACCGUGACAAAAUAAGUUGCAGGAUCACUGCCAGAAUUCAAGAAAUAUAAAAGUCAAAGGUACAAGCAGCCCCAACAUGGAACACACACACACACACCAGAACUGACUCCCCAUUAAAAAAAAGUAUUAAAACUUUAGAAAAUAAUAGAAUUCAUAAAUUUUUUAUUUAAUGUCAUCUAUUAACAAUGUGUUAAUGUUGUUUUCUGUACACUGACAUCACCUGUACAACAGUCACAUCUUAAUAUAUUUGCAAUAAUAAGAAUUAAAAAAAGACUAAAGUAUCUUAUGUUUGAAUUAAUUGAACAUAAUAUCCAAUGCGCUAAUCCCCUGCUGUCUGAAAGUGCUAUAUGUAUGGAAGUGAAACAUGAGUACACAAACUCCUCUUCCUCCUUUUGUCUGAUGUCCACACCUCUGCUUACACCUGAUGUCAUCCAUGUUGUCUCCACUGCCACUUUUUUCCAGGCUUACUGUGGACUCUGGACCAGGCUAUUUCCUGGUUCUUACAGUAAAAAGAAGACCUUUGGUCCUAACUUUUGUCAGAACCUAAACACUCACUCUCUGGGUUUCCCUUUCAUAUGAUGAGAACUUUCUGCAGCACAUUGAACGUUUAUCAACAAGAAAGAACAGUUUAAGACUUUAACACAUUCACUUUUUGCAAAAGAAUAUGUUCCUCCUUUCACUGAUUAUUUAUUUGACAAAAUAUGUUGUAAAUAUUUGACAGAAACUUUUUCACAACUUUCAAACUGUCAACUCUGCCACCUGGAGCCCGAUCUGAUUUUGUCUUUGAUUGAAGGAACAUUGAUGUUCAUUCACUGAGGUUUAGUUGUACCUCAUUUACCACAGUUUGUACAUGCAUAUUUUCAUAUUCAUCAUCUCAGGAUCCUCUAUUUGUGUUUUUGGACCACGUUAAAAUCAGUUUUAUUCGACACAACACAAUCUAGUCUAAAUUUGAAACAAAACUUGUCAUCAGGGAAACAAUAAAAAGGCACUUCAGAAAAGGCAACAGGAUGGACAUGAAUGCAGUUUGUCUCACAUUCUAAUUGCAUUAUUUUUAGUUUAGCAUUGUAACUUUUAAUCUAUAUCUUAUGCAAGAACUGUAGUUAGGGUAAAGAAGCCUGAACGAGCUGCAUUCACUGAAGAACACUAUUCAAUACGGCUCAGAAGAAAAAGCUUGAACGUGUACUUUAGUUGAGAUUAUGUCCUCUCACAAACUGACUUCCCCCAAGAAUAAACUGCCAUGCAUCCAUCACUUACGUGGCUGUAAUGACCACUACGGCCUGCAGGGGGCACUAGCAGGACGUUAAAAUUUUGGAUCUGGUGUUCCCAAGUCAGGGUUGUUUGACUGUCGUGAAAAUGUCUUCACAGAACAAAGUGAAACCAUAGAAAACAAUAAAACACACUUAAUAAUAAUAAGCUCCUCUUCCUUUGAUGGUGAGGCCAUUCUUGUCCAUGCAAGGACACAAACACAUACAUCAAUCAACAAAAACAAUAUGUAUUUGCCCUGUAUUUAAAGAUAAUAUUUACUAUGUAUUUACAGAUAAAAACCUACUACCUAAGUAAAACUACUGUAACUACUGAAAGUAAUACACUGAAAACCAAUUAAGUGAAAAAAAAUGUGCAUGAAAAUACAAUUUCAUCAAAACAGAUGAGGACUUGAACUGACUUCACUGCUAAAAGACACCACAGAUAUCUAUGAACAGAAAUACUUGAUUCUGUCACUAACCAAACUGGUUUUUCUAUGGUUUCAAAUUGAUUUGAUGAAAUUCUGGUCAGUGUUUGAGCUGCCUGAAUAACUUGAAGCAUCUCCAUCCUCCAAUAAUGAAAAAAAAAAAAAAGAUGCUCUGUGUGUGUAUCUAUGCAGUGUUUGUUCUCACGGUGCAGUACAGUGCAUCCAUCUGUCUCAUCCACAUGAAACUGUAAGAUGUCAAAGAAGUGUCAAAUCCUUGUUGAAACCUUUACUGAACAUCUCGGUGAAAACAAAGCUCUCAGUUCUUCAGGUGAACUUCCUCCUCUAAAGAUGUCAUUGUGAUGCAAUAAUGUAUAGAUCAGCUGCUGCUUUUCUAUUAGCCUUGCUCCCCUGUCACCAACACACCAGUCUGAGUCUUGACACUGGGCUUAGUUGCAAUAUGAAAAUAAUACAAGCGAUGCACUGUUUAAAAUAAAGCGCUGUUUCUAGUUGAUAUGUUACAAACUUGUCAUUUUUGUUGGAGCCAUCACAGUGUUUUAUAGAAAAUGGAGAUUGUGCACACGUGUUUGACUGUGUGUUUGUUCUGUCCAUGCUUAGAAUGAACUGGUUGCACAUUUGAUCCACGUUUUUUCUAAAAUAAAAGGUACAUUUCCAUUAAACAA